GUAAUCAGCCAGUGACGCAGAAUGCGAUUUUCAAAAGUUCUCAGCCCAUCUGUUUUGACUUUUUGCGUUUUCAUUUUGACGAUAACCAUGAUUCAUAAUCAACCAUAAUCACACGCUCUUAAUUUGUCAUUAUUGUUGAAUGCAUCAGUCCAAGUUUUCCCAUAACAUUGUCGUUCUUCUUGGAGAUCUUGGGACUUAAUAAUUACCCUAUCCAUGGCUGAACAUGCGACAUCACCACACUGAGUCGAAUUGUGGAGAAGCUUCCAGCGGCCAACAUAACGUGAUCAUUCGACCAGACAUCCUCAUUUCCCGGAUAUUCCUGGUGUAUAAUUUUUUGGCUGGAUCUGCGUGGCUCUAUCUGAGCGAGCUGUGACGAUGAGUGCUCCCAUGGCCAUCAGCAGUGCACGGCGCAUCCAGAAGGAGAUGAUCGCCCUCAGCCAGGAGCCCAUCCACGGGGUGACGGUCAAAUCCGGUCCGGAGGAAUCCAAAGACCAUUCCUGCGUGGAGAUCGUCAUGGGCAUCAAGGGCGCCGAGGGCACCAUCUACCACGGGGAGGAAUUCGAGCUGCGUUUCCGCAUCAACGAACGCUAUCCCUUCGAAUCGCCCGAAGUCGUCUUCCAAGGCAGCAACAUUCCCCUGCAUCCGCAUGUGUACAGUAAUGGGCACAUCUGUCUGUCCAUCCUGGGCGACGAAUGGAGUCCCGCGCUGACCAUCCAGUCAGUGUGUCUGUCCAUUGUCAGUAUGCUGUCGUCGUGUAAGGAGAAGAAGCGUCCCCCGGAUGAUCAGUUCUAUGUGCGCACCGCCAGCCUUAAUCCCAAGAAUACGCGCUGGAGGUAUCAUGAUGACAGUGUCUGACUGGUGAGUGAACGGAUUUCCAGGAUUAAGCAGCGAUCACCGUGCUGGGGCGCACUACGGGAUAUUCUGGUGAUAGUCGCGACUCGCGUGCAUCGUUUGUCUUGUGUGUUUACGACGUUCUGCCGUGUUCAUCGUUAUUUUGUUUCAUUCAUGGAUUUGAGUUUUUCUGUGGUUGUGAGUUUAACAUCUAUUCUGUUUUCAUGCUUGCACGUUUGCCGUUACGGUUUAGUUUUUUUGCCAGUUCAGUUUGGUUUUUGCAGUCGAUAUUUUAUUGCUUGCUCUUAUCACUUAUGCUAAUGUAUUCGCAUUUUUUGAAUUUAAAAUUAAUGGCUGAUGUAAUGGCAAGUUGGCAACAAAAGUAAAACAGAAACGAUC